UGAGCGGACACCUCAGCGCGCAGGCGCAGGACCCCAGCCAACAUGGCGGCGCCCGACUUCUCGGCCGGGGAGUUUAAAAAGUGGUUGAAUGAGCGGCUGGACGAGCUCGGGGCGGACCGGGAGGUUUACGGUGUAUACAUCCUCGGUGUGCUGCAGGAGGAGGAGAGCGACGAGGAGAAAAGCGAUGCGCUGAACGGCAUCCUGUCCGCUUUUGUGGAUGAAGACACACUCGAGGAGGUUUGUCAGCAGAUCCUGGAACAGUGGACCGACUGCUGCUCUCGAAAUGCAGCCGCCAGCAAUCACCCAGAGGAUGAGGUUCAGGCCAUCGCCAGUCUGAUGGAGAAGCAGGCUCAGAUCGUAGUCAAGCAGAAGGAAGUGUCCGAGGAGGCAAAGAAGAGGAAAGAGGCGCUGCUCGCCCAGUACGCAAACGUGACGGAUGACGAAGAUGAAGUAGCAGACGAGGAGGAAGUGGCAGGAGCAGUAGGAAUCCCCAGUGACAAAUCCCUGUUUAAGAACACCAACGUGGACGAAGUGUUGAACCGGCGCCGGCAGCAGCGUGAGCAGGCCAAGGAGGAAGCGCACAAGAAAAAGGAACAAGACAAGAUGCAGCGUGAGAAGGACAAGCUUAGCAAGCAGGAGCGCAAAGACAAGGAGAAGAAGCGGACACAGAAGGGAGAGCGCAAGAGAUAGACGAGGAAAUCUGUUAGAGACUCAAACGCUGAAGACGAGGAACCUCUAUGUGGACUGCUGGAACCGUUGGCUUUCUUUCUUUCUUUCUUUUAAUAUACAGAGUAGCAAAACUUCUCAGCACCACCCCUUAAACCGCUUGUACUGCUCACUGACGUGUGUAUCCCUACUUGGAAAGACACGCACAUUGAAUUCACGAGAACAUUUUGGAAUCGAUCACAAAUUGUACUAAUGUUGUGCAGGUGUGUUUCAUCCCCUCACUGUAAACAUUGUGUGCUAAUUAAUAGAAGACAAUUAAAGCAGAAAUCAUGUUUUUGCAGGA